AUGGAAAGUCGCAGCACUUGUUGGAAUUCAUCAUCAUCAUCAUCGGGAGGUUGUGAUGGUUCCGAGAAUGAAGAAGGUAGUAGUGAUGAAGGGUUUGACAAUGAUGUAAUGCAAGGAUCCUCCUCGGUUGGGAUGAGAAACGAUGAAUAUAAUGCCUACGAUUUUGAAGAUCAAGAGUUAUCAUUGGCAGACACUUCCGAUCAUCAUCUCAACACGAAUGUACUUGUUUUGUUGAGAGAGUUAAUUGGAGAAGAUGAUUUCUUGUGGCGUGAAGAUCAAUCGUCAUAUUCGGAGGGAUCCUAUUUUAGUAAGGAAAGCUGUGAUGAUAUUGGCUAUGGAGAAGGAAUUAUGAGUAAUAUGACUUUUUUGUGUUUUCCUCUUGAAGUGGCACCAUCAUCCACACAACUUGACAAAUUACUUUCAAGCAACAACUUGAAAGACUCUAGAGAGAAUAGUGAGAAUGAAUUGUUCUCAUCGUCAGAAGAACCAUUGAUCAAAUCCACUCUGAACAACGAUUAUCAUUAUCAAAUUACCAUUAAUCCUUAUCAAGGUGACGAUAAAUUGAAAUGUUGCAUUCAAAUCGAUGAAUGUUGUGGAACAUUAAUUAAUUCUCGAAUUCAAUACGAUUUUUUGCGAGAUUUUGUUAGAGUUUUUGAGUACACCAUUUUAACACGAGGUGAAAGUUUUUUGAAAAUAACAAAUAUUCUGGAUAGUGCGGACAGUAUUUCUUUUUUGGAAAAUGAAAUUGAAAUGAGCUUAGUUAAAAAGAGAGAAGAGGAGACGCGCCGCUUACUGGUCAUUCCAGUUAAAAUUCAACAACAUGUCAUUUAUUUGGGAUUAUUAUUGGUGGACAUUUCAACCGAUGUCAAUAACAAUAUUCGAGUGACUCAUAAUGCAUUUUCAUUUGAAAAUGAAAAACGUGAGGGCUUAUUGAAAUAUAUCGAAAUGAAAUCUCUAACUAAUGACGAUAUUCAUUCAGAACAGAGAGAUUUUUCAAAGAGUGAGACUUCAAAUUUUUGUGUGAAUAUAAGGAACGAAAAUUUCUUUACCAUAGCAGAUGUGACCAUGCAUGAGGAAGUAAUUUAUGAGGCAGAUUCCAAUCGACGGAUACUUAUUCAUUUUGAAAAGAAAUGCCACGAAAAAUUCUGUUUCACUCCCAUCUCGGGAACGCCAACACUCACACUAAAAGGUUCGCAAUUUUCCUUGCAUUCCAUACAAGAAAACGCAAGCAACGUUACUAUGAGCUUUAGAGUUAUUGGCGACACUGGACAAAGUCAAGACGUUUUCUCCAAUGAAAGUUACACUUUAUAUGUUAAUGUGGCGUUUAUUCAUACAUUUUCGAGCACUGACCUCAAGAAUAUUAGAGAUAGCAUACAUCUUACAACUUUCUCAAUGCAAGAAAGCCCAGAAAACCAUUCAUAUCUGGAGAUAUUACAAUCUCACCAUGUCAUCACGCAUCAUAUCAGCCACGAAUUUAUGAACAUUGCCCUACAUCAUGUCAAUAAGAGAGAUAUUAUGGGUUUUACACUUCUUGAAACGGUACUGUGUUUGAGGUUGAAAGAGCAUGUUGCUUUUCUGAUUGAACGAAUGGGAUUUGAUCCCAGCUCACAAAACCCCAUUAGCAGAAUGAAUGCAUUCACAUGGAGUUCGUAUAGCACUACGAAUUCACAGAAUAAUUUCUCCAAGUUAGAUCACAAGUAUCUGCUUCAAUGUUGGUCCAACUAUUGCAUCAAUUCGUUAAGAGACCUGAAUAAGGACCCUUCAUUGCCAGAAAGAUUUCGAACAAAUAUGAAAAAACUCUCAUUAGAAACUUGUGAUUUGGAUGAGAGAACUUCCAUACGAUUACAAAAUUAUUUGAACGCUACUUGUUUUUUGGCAAGCCACUUUAGAGAAGAAGCAAAAGGCCUCUUUUUGGCAUUUGAUUUAGAGAGUCACCGUUUGGGUAUAAUUUUUGGAGGUAAUUUUCUUGUGUGGGAUGAAUCUUCAUUGCUUGUGACCGUCGCCCCAUUUUGUGACAAGCCUAAAAACUUGUUAUGUUGUGUCUUUGAAAGUUCAAAUCCAACAAACAUGGAAAGUGGAAUAUCUAUGCAAAAGUUUGCUCGAAGUAUUAGUGAGACGAGUUGUAAUUGGAAUUGCAAAGUUUCAUCAACAUCAUACAAUAGUGGACAUUUUUGCAUCUAUUUACUUAAAAAGCUUCAAUUAUGGGAGAGUAUUUCUGUGAAAAUGCAAGAACAACUCUUAAUGUUCACAUUUGGAAAAGAGUGUAAAUUCGAAAAAUUGGAAACUAUUAUCGAGCUCAACACUCUUGUUGAUGAAUCAAAACACCUGACAAAUGUUGUCACCGAAGUCGAUUACAUGCCUCUCGAUCAGGUUUUUGAGCUGGUUGAUAAUAGCAAUUAUCAUUUAGGAAUCCAAAAUGAUCAUGAAGCAGAGGAUUAUUCUUUGAUCGAACAAGAGUUUAAUAUUGAACAUCUGGACUUUAUGAGAGAUGAGUUCCACAAAGUAGGAGAGGGUGGAUUCAGUACUGUGUAUAAAUGCUUUGACAAAGCACAACAACAGUGGAAAAUUCUAAAAAUUGUUUCCACUGAUAUUGAAUCUGAAUGGAGUGCCUGUAAAGAAUUUUAUAACAUUAAGAGCGAUUAUCUUGUUCAAAUUGAGGACUUUGGUAUUCUAGAUGACGAAUUGUACAUUCUCAUGCCUUAUUAUCACUUUAAAGAUUUGCUACAUUUCAUUUCGAAACAACAUUCACUGACACCCAAGCAAUUGUUGAGUAUUUUCUAUCAAAUUGGAAGGGCUCUUUGUGAUAUUCAUUCUCACGGACUCAUUCAUAGAGAUGUUAAAUUGCAAAAUAUUUUUGUAGAGAGUUUUGAACUUGAUGAGAGUAUUCGAGUGAAACUUGGAGAUUUUGGAUGUUUUAUUAAAAUGAGUGAGAAUGAACAAGUUGAAGACAUGGAAAGCUAUCGUUCAUUUGGAUCUGAAACUUACAAGCCGCCAGAAAGUUCUCAACACAUUUGGACCUCUCAAUCCGACGUGUGGAGUUUAGGAGUUUCCAUGCUGCAAUUGGUAUUAUUGUUGAUGCGUAAGAGCAACGACGAGUCACAUAAUGGUCACACAAGUAUUUCGAGUGAGGAAUUAUUUCAAGAGGAAUUCAAGCAACAGAUUUUCAAAUCACUUCCAGAGGUGAGUAUUUCAUUGGCAUUGCAACAAAAAUGA